CACACAGUAAAUUUGACACUAAUAAAGUGACUGAAAGUUGAAGUUAAAUUAAUGCAUGGGAAUGUGAAUAAGUGUUUUUGGAGCGAGUUAAUUUUCCAUGGUCCUGCUUAUCUGGUACUAAUACUGACUUACCAACCACUCAUGCUGCCUACUGUAUAUGAGCCUGCUUUCUGGCAAUGAAGACUUCCUUGCUGUCCUGUCACUGACCUACUAAAAUGAUCCUGGCUCUUAAUUAGAAUUUCAGAAUUCCAGAUUAAAAGCUUAAGUUUCCAUCAUGGGAUCUGGAGAAGUGCAUGAGGAGUUAAUUCUUCACUGCACUGAUGAUGCAUUUUAUCUGGAGCCAGUGAGCCCUCCAGGCCAACCUAUCAUGGUCAUUGACAGGGUCCUCUGUGAAGUGGCUGUGCAGGACAACAAAGGACAGGUGCCUCUAGGAGCCUCUCGGAAGACUGUCUAUGGAGUCCUUGGCAUGAUCCGGCUCAUAUCAGGACCAUAUCUUAUCCUAGUGUUGAAGAGAUCAAAGAUAGGCACAUUGCACCGGCAGACCAUUUGGAAAUUGGAUGCUGUUGACAUCAUCCCAUUCUCUCGUUCAACUGCCUCAUUGACAGCUGAACAGAAGAUGUACAAUGACAAGUAUUUGACACUUGUUCAGCAGGCUCUAUCCACUCCAUACUUCUACUUCUCUUACACAUACGACCUCACUCACACUCUGCAAAGAUUGUACUACACCGCAGAAGACUUCUUGCAAAUGUCUCUUCAUGAACGAGCAGAACAAAGAUUUGUGUGGAACCAGCACCUCAUGCAGGACUUGAUACUUCAUCGGGACGCUGGUCGCUUCUGCCUGCCUCUGAUGCACGGAUUUGUAUGCAUCAAGCAGUGCAGCAUCAAUGGAGAAUGGUUUACGUGGAGCUUGGUGUCAAGACGUAGCGUCUACAGAGCAGGCACCCGAAUGUGGACUAGAGGAGUUGACAAGGAUGGUGCUGUUGCCAACUAUGUUGAAACCGAGCAAAUAGUUGAGUUUCGUGACUUUAGAACCUCGUUUGUUCAAACACGUGGGUCAAUUCCUCUCUUCUGGAAGCAAGAUCCCGACCUCCGCUACAAACCUCCUCCAACUCUCACAAACGACAAUCAUGAGGAGGCUUUUGGAUGGCAUUUUGAAUCACAGGUGAUGCUUUAUGGUCGCCAGGUUGCCGUCAAUUUAAUUGAUCAAAAAGGCAGUGAAGGUCGCUUGCAAGAAGCUUUCAAUUUUCAUGUAGCCAACUCCACAAGACAGAUGGUCAAAGACAACGUAAAGUAUGAAUACUUUGACUUCCAUCAUGAGUGUCGGAAGAUGCGGUGGGACAGACUAAGCAUUCUCAUGGACCGCCUCGUUCAGGAUCAGGAGACCAUGGGAUACUUCUUGCUGCGCGAGGGCGUGGUGCUCCGGGAGCAGGACGGCGUGUUCCGCACAAACUGCAUUGACUGCCUUGACCGCACUAAUGUCGUGCAAAGCAUGCUCGCCAGACGCCACCUCCAAAACGCCCUCACCACCAUGGGGGUGCUCAAAAGCAAUCAGAAAAUUGAAGACCAGGUCUCCUUUGAGCAUCUCUACAAAAACGUCUGGGCUGACCAUGCCGAUAUAAUCAGUAUUCAGUACUCUGGUACAGGAGCUCUUAAGACAGAUUUCACCAGGACUGGAAAGCGAACAAAGAUGGGGCUGGUGCAAGAUGGCUACAAUAGCGCCGUUCGCUACAUCAAAAACAAUUUCUUGGACGGUGACCGUCAGGACGGCUUGGACCUGCUGCUGGGGAAGCAUCUCGUCACCUCCGCAGAGGGCGCCGCCUCUCCCUGCCCUCUUAGGGACACGCGAGACCCGCGCCUCCUGCUUCUGCCUUUUGCUUUCUUCUUCUCGCUCCUGAUGGUGUUUGCGUGCGUGCUGUUGCCAUCCGAACUGAACUCCUUCACGCUGCUGUCGCUGUUGUUCUGGGCCUCGAUGGUGGUGGCGGCGUCGUUGUUGACGCUUCGUCAGGGCAGACAGCUGGUCAACGCCCCCAAGCUUUGCUCCGUACCCCUCAGCGGGCUCUCGAACGGCGAGGACGAGAAGAGAAGUUAGCCGACACGGACGCAGCAACGCCUCGCGCUUCUAUAUGCACUGCAGAAGCAUAUAGUGUAGCUUAGCAACUUUGUGAUCAAGCAUUAAAGUGAAGACUACUGCAAUUGUGUGUGGUAUUAAAGGCGUCUUCUGCAUGUUUCUGUGAUUAAUGCAAGGUAUGCAGAAUUUUACGGAGAAUUAGGUAACGACGGAUGAAACAUUCAUGAUUACUCCUUUUGUUGCAUUUAUAAAUGCGACACUGCUGAUUCUGUGCUCGUUCAGAGUCUUCUUUCAAUCUCGCCUCUUUAUAUCUCUUCUUAUUAUGGAAGAUAGUUGUGCGCUGUAGAACUUGAGCUUUUAACUUCAGGAUCUUGUAAGUAUUCUGGUUACUCAACUAUUGCCUGAAUUAUAUACAACACAACCACAACUUAUUGAGGUUUGCAAGAUUUUCAUUGGUAAUUGGAAUCGUUCCGGCCAGCCAGGGUCAUGAAUAUAAGCUUAUUUUGUCAUCCAUUAUUUGCUGCGAUGACUUGGUCGGGAAGAGCUCGUCAGAUUACGGCAGAGCGGGCACUUGUCUGCAUGUAGGGUGAGGCCUGCAUUCGUUUUUACCUCGGUUUUCCAUCAUAAGAAAUUUACCGUGUCACGGCAUCAGAGCGCUCUUGCCUCGAUUAAUAUAAUGCAAACUAAAUAUUUUUGGGAAGAGAUGAUAGGUAAUUUAUUAGGCAUCUUGUUAGUUUGUUGUUCGUUUGCAAAUGUUUAUAUUUAUAUCCUCGUGCUGCCGCUAUUUAAAAAUUCGUUAUUGCCAAAGCUUUGUAAUUGAUCAUGUUUGGUGUGUGAAAGCUUUCUUAUCGUGUCAUGACAUUGCAGCCUUUGAACCCGUCGAAUGUUUCAUUGAGCUGAAGUCGCGUGUUCGUAUUGAAUUAAUUUAUUAUCAAUUUUUUAUGUUGGGUCCUCAGGAUGAUUUUUGGUGUGCAUUCCUUUUCUGGUAGUUUUGAGCAUUCCUUCUUCUCUGCAUUCAAUAUUUUUGCUGUACCAACUUUUCUUCCUGCUAUCCUCGGUAAAACUUUUAAGAUACUAUCAAAUUUCCACUAAUGUGCAAGUUUUGUAAUCAUAAAGGAUGCAGAGUUGAUUUAAUUUGUCAUAAUUAUAAAUUAUAGCCAUGCUAUUGUUUGCUUGCAUCGCAGCGUCGAGUUGUACCAAUGUUAAUUCUUUGGGUCACCAAUUUCGCAGAAAUUAAUUCCGUUAAUCAGGCAAAAUUGUCCAAUUAUCACCCGAAUUGUCUUCUCAGAUGACGUGUAAUAAUGUACUUUACUAAUGUUCAUUUAGUGCUGUGGUGAAGAACUGGAGUUAGUGGCUGCAAUUUUGAAAUGCUUGUACUACUAGCUCAGCUCACUCGCUGCACAAAAAGUCCAAUAUAUUCUAGAAUGCUCGAGUAAAAUGAAUAAAAGUUCAUAAUCAUC